AUGCUUAGGCCCCGAACCACCGCGCUCGCACACCAACUCAACUGUGCACGGAGCGAACUAACCACCAAGGCGGCGGUGGAGGAAGCGGAAACAGACUCUAACAUAUAUUUUCUAUUACUACAAGAACCAUGGACCUCAACAGAGGGAUAUCCACCGGAAUCAGAUCUCUUUUACCUUUUUACAGCCAGCAAUAUCAAUACAAAAUGCGCAACAUAUGUCCGCAAACACACCAACCUCAAACCAAAACACCACUAUACACAUGAUAAUUUCAUAGUAUCGAUCACGGUAGAAAUUCAGAACACAAAAACCCAAAUCCUAAAUAUAUACUCCCCAGGCCGAAGUGGCCCCUUCGCCCAAAUAGCAAAAACAAUCUAA